AUGCGCUUCUCCAUCGCCGCCACCGCCGCCCUUUUCGGCGCCGCCAUUGCCGCCCCGGCUCCUCAGACAAACCCCGACCCGCGCGAGACCAUCCUCCUCCAGAAAUUCGAGGCCGUCAAGAGCAGCGAUGGCCCCGUCACCUCGAUCUACUUCCACAUCAUCUCGCACCGCGAGGUCGGCGUCGCCGCCUUUGUGUGCAAGGGCGAGGACGCCGAGGGCCUGAAGCCCGACACCACCAUCGACUGCGCAAAGGGCCCCUCCGAGAACGACGCGUACAGGUUCCGGGUCAAGUCCGUCUCCGACGACGUCUUUACCCUCACCGUCUUCCACCAGACUGCUCCUGCUUUUGGUUUCUGGGGUGACAUCAACGUUGCUGGAGCGUGCAGCGUCGAGUCCGGCGUCUCAAAGUGCAAGAAUGACGAAACCUCCGGCGAGCUGCACGUCUACGGGUAA